AUGCGAAGGUCAAGUGGAUACGGCGGUUCAUUUGAGUAUCCAGACACUUGCUUCGGUAGUGGAGUCAGUGUACUCGGCGCACAAGCUGCCUAUCUGCCUGGUCUCAGUUACUACAGCAACUCCGGGCCACCACCUGCCUGUGGCUGCUGUGGCACUUGCAGUAUGUGCAAUGGCCAUAAAAUAGGGCCCGAGAGCGGUGGUAGUGCUCAAGAUUUGGCCGAUGCUUUAGCCAGAGCCACUUCUGUCCAAGUCGACGGUCGAGCCAGUUUGGCGGCAGGUCGAACUGGGCUCACAGACUUCGCAACAGGUUACGCCGGAUUCGACUACCUUUGCAGGCCUUCAGGCCUCGAUACUGUCUGUUCAUCCGUCGCUGGAACGCCACCCUCGGCAGAACAAGAUAUUGAUACCUUGGGGCUGGAAAGAGUUGACACUCGAGGCGUGGAUAUUGGCAGAAGCUUUCGGCAGUUUCCCACCUCUCCACUAGCUACCUCGAGGGCAUUU